CGCCACAACUUCCUGACAGAGGGCCCGGUCGGCAUCCUUCGGCAGCUAGCGGUGCUACGAGACGUGGUGGCGCUGGUGGACCCCGAGCUGGCCUCCCACCUGGAGGAGCUGGGCGCCGACAACUUCAUGUUCGCCUUCCGCAUGCUGCUCGUGCUCUUUAGGAGGGAGCUACCGUUGCUGGAUGUGAUUGUGAUGUGGGAGAUGAUGUGGGCAGCGGACUAUGAUCCGCGCAUGGCAGCAGUGCUGCUGCAUCAUCCCCCCGAAGGCCUCUCCCUGGCAGCCGAGCCCCUCACCUGGUCCGCAGGGCUUCCCCCUCUCCAGCCCCCCUCCUCCGCCCCUGACCCCUCCCCCACACACCCCGCGCACUCCUCCCUCCCCCCGACUCACCCCGACCCCUCCCCCUUCCCCGCCAUGCCCCCCAUCCCCCCGUCCCUCCCCCCGGUGCUCGCCCUGGGGCUGGGAAAGCGGUCUGGGCGCAAGGGGGGGAGCAUGGCGGGGGCCAUGGGGGGAGUUGCGGGGGCGGAUGGACUGGGGGGGAGGGGGAUGUCGCGGUGGGGGGAGGCGCGGGUGGGGGAUGAGGACCUAGCAGUGUUCUGUGUGGCGGCCAUUCUGAGAGCCAACAGGAAGAGACUGCUGCAGGUGGAGGGCUCAGAUGAAGCCAUCAAGAUGUUCAACGAUGUGGAGCUGGUGCUGGAUGUGGCGUCGUGUGUGCACCUCGCUAUCAAGAUCCGAGCCAAGUACUGCAAGAAGUCUAAUCGAGCCAGUCGUGUGUUGCGGUAG